CCGGCUGGCCGGCCGGCCAGCGGCAUGACUAGCGGUGCGGCACGAUCGGGGCCCGCGCCUGGACUGACCAUGAAAUCCCAACUGCAGAUCACAGUCAUCUCGGCGAAACUCAAAGAGAACAAGAAGAACUGGUUUGGACCGAGCCCCUACGUGGAAGUGUCAGUGGACGGGCAGUCCAAGAAGACGGAAAAGUGCAGCAAUACAAGUAGCCCCAGGUGGAAGCAGGCGCUCACCGUGAUCGUCACUCCUGUCAGCAAACUAAGUUUCCGCGUCUGGAGUCACCAGACGUUGAAAUCUGACAUUUCGCUGGGAAGUGCGGUUCUGGACAUCCAGGAGACGUUGAAGUCCAACAACAUGAAGCUGGACGAGGUGGUGGUGACCCUGCAGCUUGCCGGUGACAAGGAGCCAGCCGAAAUUGUGGGAGACUUGUCGGUGUGUCUAGAUGGGAUGCACGUCGAUCCGGAGAUCCUCAUCAACGGCAGCGGGAUCCGACCUGACAGUCCCACCGAGAACGAUGAAACCAGAGCCAAGACGGAAGGCAGACAGAGCAACGACGUUCCCGAGAGCCGUGAGGAAGCGGGGUCCGGUGAAAGCAGGAGGGUCAAUGGCAACGAUUCUCCCUCCCUCCCGAAUGGCGCUUGCAAACCCUCCAGGCCUCCGAGGCCCUCCCGCCCACCCCCGCCCACCCCGCGGAGACCGGCCUCCGUCACCAGCUCGCCGACCGCCGUCCCGGAAGCCGAGAUGUCCAGCGCGGGCUCGUCGCCGGUCGGGAGCGCGAGCAUAUCGUCGGAGAGGGGUCCGGAGGGAGCCGCCGCCCCUGCCGCCGGCACCCCCUUGCCCGGCCCCGGGGCCGUGACCACACCUCCAGCCGCCCGGCCGGGGCAGCCCGGAAACCCUGGCUCCCAGCAGCUCAGCGCCGCCAACCAGGGGCCUCUGCCCCCAGGGUGGGAGCAGAGAGUGGACCAGCACGGGCGAGUGUACUACGUGGACCACGUGGAGAAGAGGACCACGUGGGACAGGCCGGAGCCCCUUCCUCCGGGUUGGGAGCGGCGAGUGGACAAUAUGGGGCGCAUCUACUACGUGGACCACUUCACCAGGACCACCACUUGGCAGCGGCCCACACUGGAGUCCGUCCGCAACUACGAGCAGUGGCAGCUGCAGCGCAGUCAGCUCCAAGGGGCCAUGCAGCAGUUCAACCAGAGAUUCAUCUACGGGAAUCAGGAUUUGUUUACUUCGACCCAGAAUAAAGAAUUUGAUCCCUUGGGGCCCCUGCCAACAGGAUGGGAGAAGAGGACGGACAGCAACGGCAGACUCUACUUCGUCAACCACAACACCCGCGUCACGCAGUGGGAGGACCCGCGGAGCCAGGGGCAGCUGAAUGAGAAGCCGUUGCCGGAAGGCUGGGAGAUGCGGUUCACGGUGGAUGGCAUCCCCUACUUCGUGGACCACAACCGCAGGACCACGACGUACAUCGACCCCCGGACUGGGAAAUCUGCUCUAGACAACGGUCCCCACAUUGCCUACGUUCGAGACUUCAAGGCGAAGGUCCAGUAUUUCCGAUUCUGGUGCCAGCAACUGGCCAUGCCGCAGCACAUCAAGAUCACCGUGACGAGGAAAACGCUGUUUGAGGACUCGUUUCAGCAGAUAAUGAGCUUCAACCCGCCGGACCUGCGGAGACGCUUGUGGGUCAUUUUCCCUGGAGAAGAAGGCUUGGAUUACGGAGGUGUGGCCAGAGAGUGGUUCUUCCUUUUGUCCCACGAGGUGCUGAACCCCAUGUACUGCCUGUUUGAAUACGCAGGCAAGGACAACUACUGCCUCCAGAUCAACCCUGCCUCCUACAUCAACCCAGAUCACCUCAAAUACUUCCGAUUCAUCGGCAGGUUCAUCGCCAUGGCCCUGUUCCACGGGAAGUUCAUCGACACGGGCUUCUCCUUGCCGUUCUACAAACGGAUCCUCAAUAAGCCCGUGGGGCUCAAAGACCUGGAGUCCAUCGACCCCGAGUUCUACAACUCUCUCAUCUGGGUGAAGGAAAACAACAUUGAAGAGUGCGGCUUGGAAAUGUACUUCUCCGUUGACAAGGAAAUUCUCGGGGAGAUCAAAAGCCACGAGCUGAAGCCCAAUGGAAGCAACAUCCUGGUCACGGAGGCGAACAAGGAGGAGUACAUCCGAAUGGUUGCCGAAUGGAGGCUGUCUCGGGGCGUGGAGGAACAGACCCAGGCUUUCUUCGAGGGCUUCAACGAGAUCCUUCCUCAGCAGUACCUGCAGUACUUUGAUGCUAAGGAGCUGGAGGUCCUCCUUUGCGGGAUGCAGGAGAUCGACUUGAACGAUUGGCAGAGACACGCCGUCUACCGCCACUACACCAGGACGAGCAAGCAGAUUGGCUGGUUCUGGCAGCUGGUGAAAGAGAUCGACAACGAGAAGAGGAUGCGGCUGUUGCAGUUCGUCACGGGCACGUGCAGGCUUCCUGUGGGAGGAUUUGCCGACCUGAUGGGGAGCAAUGGACCGCAGAAGUUUUGCAUUGAAAAAGUGGGAAAGGAAAACUGGCUACCCCGAAGCCACACCUGUUUCAACAGGCUUGACCUGCCGCCCUACAAGAGCUACGAGCAGCUGAAGGAGAAGCUCCUGUUCGCCAUAGAAGAGACAGAAGGGUUCGGGCAGGAGUGACGGGGGCCAAAGGAUUCAACCGGUUUGAGCCACCGUGUGCCCUCCCCGUUCCCCUCUCCCCUCCCCUCCUCCCCCCCCCAGCCCCCCGCUAAUUGCACGUGAUCUCGGAGGGCGUUGGGCCGGCUCUCGGGGCGUGCGGGCGGGGACGCGGGGCAGGAGGUGCCUGCCGCCCAGCCCGCUCCGCUCCUCGCGGGCCCCAGCUUCGCCCUGCAGCCGUUCCUCUUCCACCGAAGGGCGCGGGGGACCCCCGGGCAGCCCCAUCCCAGAGCCGAGGCCCGCCCGGGCGACCGGAGCGGCGGCCGGGCCCUUCCCUUCCUCUCCCACCUCCCGCGGGGGAUCCGGUCGCCCGGAGGCUGUUCAGGCAAGCCAGCGGGGCCUGUGGCUGCCCUGGCAAAACACUAAUCUUCCCGAGCGCCUCCGUCCCGGCGUUGCCGGAUUCCGUCUGUACGGUCGGGGCGGAGGCGGAAGCAGAGGAGCACCGGGCUGGGCGAGGCCGGCGCCGAAGGCGAUUGCCGCGAGAGAGACUUUGAACAGCGGCUGAGGGCCGGGCUCAGCCAGGCGGGCCGCUCCCUCCCUUCCGCCCUUAGCCUCUUUGUCCGUUUGGCGGGGGUUUCGGGGGCGGGCGGGGUGGUCCACGGGGCAGGCGGCGACCUAGGCGUCCCACCCUGGCCCGGGGGCACGGGGAAGGGCGGCGGGGGAGCCGAACGGCCCCCGCCAGGCCCGGGUCCCUCCGCCCUCCGGGAAGAAGCUGUUUCCGUUACCGUUUCCCAGGAGCCGGCGGUCACCCUGGGAAAGACGAAUGCACUUUGGAGUCGCGGUAGUAGUCGGUCGUGCCUCCGACCAGGGAGCGUCCCCCCGGCCCGCCCGUCCGUCGCCACUGCCGGCCUCCCUCCCCGUCCCCUUGGGCCCGGCCUUCAGGGAGCGGGGGUCUGAACCGACCCCGGCCCGGGGGGACCCUCCGGUGGCGCGGGGCGGAGAUCCCACCCACCCUCCCCGCCCACGGGCCCGAGACACUCCCAAGCGGGUUUUGAUCUGAGAGUAAAUCAAGCGAGAUCGUGGAACAAAGCAUACUUCUUCGUGGGUCUCCAUAAAGCUUUGUGACUUGUGCAAGAGCUAGAAAUCUUGUGUAUAAAUCUCUCCCGUAUAUUUUUAAAACGACAGAAUUGUCCUAACCGAAAGCGCCUUAGCCCUAGUUCUAUAGGGCUGGCCGUCCCCUAUUUUUACGGAUGAGACGUCGCGCCCCGGCCGAGGCUAAUCUGCUUGUAGAUAUUUUUCCGCAGUCCGGGGCCUCCCUGUUCCCGUUUUCUCCCUCUAAUUUAAGCGCCCUCCCCUCGCGGUGAAUCUUUGCUGCUACCCUAGGAAAACGUGGGGGCUGGGUCUCCCCCGCCCCAACGGGCUCCCGAAAAACAAUGCACAGGCCGAAGAGGCAAAUACGGAGCUGACGGAACCCUACUCCUUGAUCCAAACCGAUCGUUUUACGUAUGGAUUUGUUCUAGGUGGUGAAUUAGAGAUUUCUAAAAUCCUCCCGGUGAGCGUUGUCUCGGCUAACCCAUCCUGGCGGUUCUCUGCACGCCCCGCCACGCUGUGGCAUUAAAGCAAUAGCGGCCGGUUGGUGACCGGGCCAAGGGGGUCCCGCCGCUCCUGACCGCCCGGCGGGGGGGACCGUGCGGGGAGAUGUCCCCGGGGCGAGAUGGACGCCGACUGUCCUGAGCUUUGGGGUCCGCGCGGGGACGAGAGGGGCGGGACGGUCGGCGCUUGGCCCCGAGGAGGGCAGCGCUCAUCCGGUGGUGGAAAGUCUUCUCUUGGUUCCCGGCCCCGCGGCUGCCCGCUUCGGGGGUCCCGCGGGAGCCGAGGUUGGCACGGUCGGGCGGCCCCGGCCGGCUCCGCUGCACUGGACUGUAUCGUACCGCACGGGGAGACCCCCCCUCUCUCUUCCUCCCUCCCACUGUGGACUCUUCAAGUACUCAGGAAACCGUCCACGUGUCUCAGUCAGCCAAGUCGUUUUAUAAGAAGCCAGCUCUCGCGCAUUCCUUACGAGGUGUAAAACUGCAUUUGUAACGAAUUAAACCUUUUUGCCACUCA